UGUAGUGUGCGGUCCCGUCAUCGAUCGUGAUGGCAUGACUCAGCCGGGCAACGAGCUGGUGACUCGCGUCAAGUCGCGGCUAGCACGGUUGGGAAGGUCGGCGACCACGACCGCCGCGACGACCGACCCGGAGGACGACGGGGGCGGAACCCCUCCGAAGAACACCCCGAAGCAGCUGCUGCGGCACAUCCUCAAGAGCAACACGGGGUGUACAGAGAGCAAUGACAGCGACACGGAGAGCUUCAGGGUGUCCGCGAGUGAGGAGGACAGCGACACAGAGCCGAGGAGGAAGCUACAGAAGAGCGCCACCUUGGCGGAGUGUCCGGAACCUCCUGACGGGGAGAACCUCCCUCUGGAGAGCAUCCUGGAGAAACUGGGCAACAGGAUCAAGGAGCGGAGUGACAAGAUGCAUAAGUACUUCCAGAGAAGUGGGAAGAUGGUGGAGAUCAACAGAAGACUCAAGAGUCAAAUUUGGAGUUCAGUCGUCACGAUUGUUCUGGUCGAGGGGAAGAACCUCUUACCGAUGGACAUCGACGGAUUCAGCGAUCCUUACGUCAAGUUCAGAUUGGGAAAUGAGAAGUACAAAAGCAAAGUCUGCUACAAAACUCUCAACCCCAGCUGGCUUGAGCAGUUUGACCUUCAUCUCUACGACGACCAGAGCCAAGAGCUGGAGUUGACAGUAUGGGACAAGGAUCGGUCCAAAGACGACUUCAUGGGCAGGUGUAGCAUAGAUCUCAGCCAAUUGGAGAGAGAGAAGACUCACAGGAUCAAGCAGGAGUUGGACGAAGGUGCGGGAACUAUCUUUCUACUGCUAACCAUCAGUGGCACCACCGCGUCAGAGACGAUAUCAGACCUGACGACCUACGAUGACAACCCUCGCGAGCGGACCGUACUGGAGGACCGUUAUGCGCUGAUGAGAACGUUCCACAACAUCCGAGACGUUGGUCACUUGACAGUACGAGUGUACCGAGCGCAAGGCCUCGCUGCGGCAGACUUAGGGGGCAAGUCUGACCCAUUCUGUGUCCUGGAACUGAUCAACGCUCGGCUCCAAACACAAACAGAAUACAAGACUUUGUCACCCUCCUGGCAGAAGAUCUUCACAUUCAAUGUGAAAGACAUUCAUUCGGUGCUUGAGGUCACUGUCUACGAUGAAGACAGAGACCACAAGGUUGAGUUCCUCGGUAAAGUUGCCAUUCCACUUCUGAGGAUACGCAACGGAGAGAAACGCUGGUAUGCUCUGAAAGACAAGAAACUCUACGGAAGGGCAAAAGGAAACGCCCCUCAGAUACUGCUGGAGAUGAACGUUAUUUGGAACCCUAUCAGAGCUUGUAUUCGGACUUUGAACCCCAAAGAGGAGAAGUACAUGCAGACAGAAGUGAAGUUUAAGAGACAAGUGUUUGUGCGGAACGUUAUGAGAUUGAAAGCGAUAAUCAUGUGGUUCAUUGAUAUCAGUAAAUUUAUACAAUUAUUGAGUUUUAUCACAGGGCUAGAUCUGUUGGAAAACGUACAUUUAAAAAGGACAGUUCAUUGGUUUUUUGACAAAUUGAACAUAAGGAGCUGUUUUGAGUGGGAGUCCACAAUACAAAGUGUUAUUGCCCUGGUGUUAUUUAUUCUGCUGUGUUAUUAUUUCCAACCAUUCAUGAUACCAGUGGGGAUGCUGCUUGUUUUUCUUAAAUGCUAUAUUGUACAAAGUCUAACUGGAGGAGUGGGAAAUUUUGAUGAAGAAGAUGAACCUCUGGGAGAAGACGAUGAUGAUGACGAUGACAAAGAUAAGGAGGAGAAGAAAAGCUUGAAGGAAAGACUCCAAGCUAUACAAGAAGUUACCCAAACUGUACAGAAUUCUAUAGGAUAUAUUGCCUCGUUAGGUGAAAGUAUAAAAAAUACAUUCAACUUCACUGUCCCUUUUCUGUCAUACUUGUCAGUGGCGCUGCUGCUAGUGGUGGCUGUGGUACUGUACUGGGUGCCUGUCAGGUACCUCAUCAUGGGGUGGGGAGUGAACAAGUUCGCUCGUAAACUCAUCCGGCCGCACACAGUGCCCAACAACGAACUGCUCGACCUGCUAUCUAGGGUGCCGACUAGUGACGACCUGAUUGCAUACAGAGAAUUGAAGCCUCAUCCGUCUUCAGAUAUGGAGAGAAGAAGAGACCAGAGGAAGAAGCAUAAAGUCUCAUAGUACACUCAGAGUUCUGUUUAUAUUCGUAGUUUGUAAAUAACUGUAGGCCUAUUAUAUUUCACCCCAAUGUGUUUCCAUUUAUACCUGAGAGAAUUGAUCAAAGGCUUAUUAAAGGUUGAUUAUACUUUGUACUUUGUACCUAAAUAACUAACAAGGUUCAUUUGUUGCUGUUGACAGGUGUUAUUUUAUUGUGUAAAAUUUUUAACUUCACAAGAAAACUUCAGCAUUCCCCAACUUUAAUGAUGUUAUGGCUUAAUACAUCUUGCCUGAUGUAUUUCACAGAUAAUCUUGUCUGUUAAUGAUUUUGGUGCUUCACAUUAAAAUCACAAUUAAUUGUGUUUUAUGAUAGUAAGUCAAAUUUAAGUGAAUCUGAAUUUCGCUCACUGAAAAUUACUAACAAAACAAUAGUUAUUCAAUUGUUACUUUGCAUAAAUAUUAUGCACAGGCUAAAAUUGUCAAUUUGUGCAAAAGAAUUUUGAACCAUCAGUUAUCAAUGUAAUUCAAAACCCAUAGCCUGACCAUACUUGCUAACUGACUUAAUGUUUGUAUCAGGUGACAAAUCAAGGUUUUUGUUGGUUUUUUUCAAUCCUGAAGUUAUUUUAUGAUAAAUUUAACUGAGACUAAUAAACAACUGCACUGAAUGUAGCCAAUCUACUUAUUAAAUUUAUACCUUUUUUCAUAUCUCUCUUGAAGAGUUUUGUCAAUUAUAUAUUUGUUUUGGUUCUGUUUGCAAGAUUUGUGACGCACAUGGUUGUCUCCUAUUCAUGUGAGAAAUAUUUUAUACAUUGUUAUUGUUAUGAAAUGGUUUUAUUCAUGUUAGACAUUGUUAUGUAGUGUGUAUAUAUGUUUGAUAAUUUACCUAAAAUAGCUAGUAAAUUAGAUCAGGCUUUUGACUGUUGAUUUCCACUAUAAUUUUUUCAAACAUCAAUAAAAAAAAAUUGAAUAUGAUAAAACACUGAUUGUAACAUAAACAAUUCUAUUUUGAAUUUUUGAGGACUGGUAAUUGUAAAUUUAUGAUCUCAGUUAAUUUUAAGAAUAGGUAAAAACCGGUAUAACUAUACGACUUUUCAAGCCUUAAGGUAAGAGUUAAAUUUUAGACAGAAGGAAUCAAUUUUAUUCUCUAAUUUAUUUAUAUAUAUAGGUUCACAUGUAUUUGAGGUUCUUAGUCUAAAAUCAGUUGAUAACAUAUUUAACAAUGUCAUACAAAAGCCACGUCCAUGGAUGUACGCAAAUGGAUGUAAAUAAAAAGAUGCAAAUAUAUUUCUAAAAGACAAAGCCUUUUUCAAAUUGUGUUUUUUCUAUUUUGAUGGAACAUUAACAUUCAAAAGCCUGCUUUUUCAUAUUCAUGAGUACAAUGUGCCGAUUUAAACUUCCUACGACUACGAUGUACAUAAGACAUUAUUGUGAUACUGUAGUUAGAUCGCUAAGCCAUUCCUGCUUUUUUAAUUGUGGCUGUGCAGUUUUAUGUGUUUUUACAUGAUCUCCAUAUUUUUUAUUUGUUUGGUGAGGUUUUACGGAUUUUAGGAUAGAGGCCUAAUAUGGUUGUGUUAAUUUUGUUUACCAUGGUGUAUAACUGAAAUUGCAUUAGUUAAAUGCACAAUGUUACUAAAAAAUGUCAAAGGCCAAAAAUAAAUUUAAGUAUUUUUCAUCCAUUCCAAUGCUAAUGUAAUACUUUUCUUAGUUUAGGUUAAUCAUUGUCCAAAAUGUGUAUUUAAUACUUUUUUUAUUCAAUACAACCUGCAGUAAACAAAUUGGUCAAACUUUAUUCUUUGAAACUGUUUCAGAGGUUUCUGAUUUUAAACAUUGUGAUCUAGAUAAGUUUAACAUGUUGUGGUUUACAUUUGAGGGAUCGCUUGUGCUUUAUUUUAAACUGUGUAACCUAGUCAUUAAAUUGUUUCCAAUAAAUAGACUAUUUUAUUAAUUGUUAACAAUUGAAAUUGUAAGUCUAGGCUUUAGUAAAGAAAUCAGAAAAUAUUAACUUUGAAAGGUUUUAGUAAUAUUAUCUUCUGUAUAUCAGUACUGGAAAAAAAUUUUAAUAAAUUUCUUUGACGGUAACAAAAUAUUAUUGUUUUUCUCUAAUAAAAUAGUUGUCGUUGUUAUCUUGACUGAAUCCAACCCUAUUCACAGAAGUCGAAAGACAGAAAGUCAAUUAUUCAUUUUUUGUAUGACUAGAGUGGUUUGAUUGACGCUUCUACAUUAUAUUAUUAUUCUAAGGCAAAACAAGUACUCUUGGUGUUAAUUUUUUUUAGAAGAAGGAAUACCUAUUCUUGGAACAUUUUCAUUACUUAAAUAUAAAAGAUUUUAUUUUAUAAAAUCUUGCUCUUUACUUACUGGACCUAAUAAAUAGUUUUUUUCUAUAAUAAAUCCUAAAAUUAUUCGGCAAAAUAUGUUGUCAGUAAACAAAUCAGUUUGUAGAAAAUUUCAUAAUUUUUAUAUUAAAUAUGUUGUAUUAAAUUUAAGUUGUGAAUUUACUUUGUUCCCUUUAAACUUGUUUUGAUUCCGUCCAAAAAUAGUCAUUAAGAUUGCUGUUGUACUAUUUUCAAGUGUAUCUCAUUAAAUUACUUGCUGGGCAUAAUUUAUCCCCUCAGAUUGAGGUUUCCAAUUUAUCACUUAAAUAAAAAGAAUUAGUGUUUCUG